AUGGCAGCGGAGCCCGAAAGGGCAUGGUGCGCGCUGGCCUUGGCGUUGGUGGUGGCGUCUUGGCUCCUAUGGCCAUUGGAAGACAGGCCACACCACCGUCAAUUCGAGCUGGUGGAGGUUGCCGCGACCUAUGCACCCCACCAUGGAACAACAGAGCCUGAAGGCGCACUGAUGGUGAGAACUUUGGGGAGCCCAAACUACAUCAUGGACAAGGCCUACAACCAGAUGGAUGGUGAUGAGGCUGCAUCAGCCUAUGGCAAGACUUUAGCAGCCGACGUGGACUUCCAGAGCAACGUCUUCAAUGCCAAUGUGUGCUCAUGGAGGCCAACCUGGUGUGAAGAUAGGUGGAUUGGAACCCCUAUGAAGCCGAGGAUUGGUACCUUGGCAGUGGCAGAGCGACUGAGGAUUGGAACCUUAGCGCCAGUGGAAUGGCUGAGGAUUGGAGCCUUAGCGUUAGUGGAAUGGCUGAGGAUUGGAACCUUGGCAAUUGUGGAAUGGCUGAGGAUUGGUGCCUUAGCGCUGGCACACCUUUGGCAAUCAAUGCAUGAGUCUCUGGAGAGGUCUAUGGGCGGCCUUUUAGCAUGUGCUUGGACUUUUACUUGCACGACAAGGUCAUUGUGUAUGACAUGCUGGUUGAGAUGGCCUAUGACAACAAGUUCACUCUUGGUGUUCUUCUUCGUCAACCUUUUGAAGAAGUUCAAGGUGAUGGCAGAGAACAGAAGAAGGAGAUUGAGAAUCGAGAGACAAAGCCACUUGGGUUUACGUAGAUGUCCCCACGGGAGAUCAAAGCGAUGGGAUGGCACCUUGGAGAGGCGCUGGCAUGGCUACUUGAAGUUGAAGGGCAUCAUUUUCCUCACAAUGUAUGCCCAGACUGCUGCAAUGGACGCCCAACAGGCGACAGACCUCUUGGGUCGGAUAAUGGAGCUUUCAUCUGCUGCUACAACUGCAGCUCAGACAGCCAACACGAUGCUGCAGAACUUUGGUGGAGGCAAAGGUCAAGGUGGUCCCCGGUUUGGAGAUGGUGCGAAAGUGUUGAGGCCACCAGAGGUUUUCGACACCGACGACCCUGUGAAGUACACGCUAUGGCGUGAACAGUUUUUGAAUUGGCUCACAUUCUGUGACAACCGCUACAUGGACCUCAUCAAGGAUGUGGAGCAGUUGGAAACUAUGACUAGUGGUGUUUGGGAGGACGAUGUCAAGGACUUGGGGGUGAAACUUUAUUCAAUUUUUUCAUCAUACCUUCAAGGUCCUGCUCUUCAGGUGGUGAGAUUCAAUGCAGUGGAGAGGAAUGGCUUUGCUGUGUGGCAUCGGCUGAAGCAACUAUAUGCCCCUCGAGCACGUCCUCGUGCCCUGGCAAUUGGUCAGGCAAUCAUGCAGCACCCCAGUUUCUCACAGCAGCGGUCAAUGCUGGAGAACUUGCUGCAAUUUGAUUCCCUGCUGGAUCAGUAUGAGUUGGCUGCAGGGCAUAGGAUGCCUGAUGACCUCACUGUCAGCACGGUCUUGAGGUGCCUGGACAGUGGAACGCGUCGACAUUUGGAGAUGGUGAUGGAUGACACCAUGGACUAUUCCAAGCUCAAGGACAAGCUGAUUCUUUUGGAUAAGAACACGAGAGCCUGGUCUGGUGACAACUUCCUCAAGAACCUCCAGAUCAUGAACCAACCGAGUUCCUCGAGCUCAACAACCUAUCAGGGUCCUGCGCCAAUGGAGGUCGAUCAAGUCCAGUUUGGACACAAGGGCAAGAACAAGGGCAAGAGCAACUCCAAGGGAAAGAAGGGGAGCUGGUUUGGCUUUCCUUAUGGUGGAAAGAGCAGUGGUGGAUCGAAAGGAGGUCGUAAAGGCAAGUCAAAGAACAAGGGCAAGAAAGGAGGCAAGAGCAAGAACAAGGGCAAACAGCAGAAAGGGAAAGGCUAUGGCAAUAGCAGCAACCACAACAUUUGCCGGUUGUGCGGUCAGUAUGGUCAUUGGGGCAAUGAAUGCCCAUUGAAGGUCAACCAGGUGAACAAUUCUGUUAGUCCUGGUGGUGAUGCUCAAGCUACGACAGAUGCUUCGAGCACUGUGGGUUCUACAUCCACGAGGAGAGCAAGCACAACUUCAUCGGCAACUUCCCAUUCUUUGUCUUCGGGAACAAAAUCUGUCAGGUUGGUCAAGAUGUACCAUGUUGCAACCCCUCCUGCUGAAACACCUGAGAUUUUUGAGUUGAGAAGUGAUUUGGAGGAUGAGCCUGAAGAAUGGUCAGUGAGGAUGGUUUCUCAAAGCCUCACAACGUGGUUCAGGCUGGAUGAGAAUGAAGAGGAGCACGGCCACUCAUGGAGGGCUGACCCGCUCAUGGAUUGGUACCAUGACUUUCAGCCUGCCCUGGAUCGGUACCAGGAUGACAACGCUGUGGAAAAGUUCCAUGUCAGGAUGGUCCCUGCUGGACAGUUGGUGGUCUUGGACUCAGGUGCAGAUAUCAGCCUCCUGCCAUAUCAUUUGAGUGGAUGUGGCAAAGAAAAACCUGGCGGUCACGCCAUCCUUGAGGAUGCCCAAGGUGAAAGGUUGAAAACCUUUGGAAGGCGAUCUGCCCAAGUUGAAUGUGAAGGAUUGAACAAUGAUUUGGUUGUCAUCGAGGAUGAUUUCAUCAUUGCAUCGGUUCAGAGCCCUUUGAUAUCCCUUGGUCGUUUGCUUCAUCGAGGUUGGAGCUUAGUGCCUGGUGAUUCAGCUGGUGCAAAAGUCAACUUGGUUUCUCCUGAUGGUGAAGCAGCUAUACCACUUCAAUUCAAAAGAAAUUCCUUGGCGGUGUAUGCAAGCAUCAGGGUAGUCAGUGCCAAGGAGCAUCAUGAAGCUGCUGGUGAAACCCCGUCACUGAAAAGGGCAUUGCGCUCACAGGUGGAACCCAAGUUUGACAUGGUUGGUGAGGAGCACGAGAUGCUGGCUAUUCAGACGGUGAUCACACCUCAUGAUGAAGUACUUGAACGCAUGUUCAGACGUGGUUGGAAGGUGACAAGUUCAGGGAAUCCCGUGAUCAUCAUGCCUGCAUCCAAGAAUUUCUUGGAUCCUGGAAUUUCCUAUGCAAGGAGCGAUUGGCCUUUCAGAUCAACAGCGUUCCAGAAUGAUGACCUCACAUGGGAGCUUGCAGAAUUUUGCAACCAGUACUACCACUCAGAGGAGACAGAAGAUGAGAUUCCUGGCUGUUUUAAGCCAACUAUGGUACUCACAAUGCUGCACAAGAAGGAGGAGUCAACAGAUGUGAUGGGAACAAUUGGCCAGCAAGAGCUGGUGGAGAUUGGUGGAGCCCAGAUCGAUGCCAAAGACUUCACCUUUCCUGAAGAACCUGCGAUACCUAUGGAGAUGAGAGAGGAUGUCAAGCCUGAGGAGUUGGUACAACGUCAUCCUCAACCCGGUGGUGAUGGAGAUGCUCCUUCCUUCACUUGGGAGUUUGAGGACAAAGAAGCGCUGGUGGUCAAUGGAGAAACAAUUACCAGCGAGAGCAGCAUGGCUAUGUUGCGUUCAGCAGCUGAGUAUCUUGGGAUUUCCAAGAGUGGAUCAAAAGCUUCCCUGUGGCACAGAAUCAAUCAACGAGCUCAACAUUUGGAACAUGAGCAAGUCUUCCUCGAGGCCAACAAGUUGCAUCGAGAACAAUGGUGGCAGAAAGGCUUGGUGGGGCAGUCAGUUCCAAGAACACCCAGUGAUGAGGAGAUAGCCUUUCACGAGCUUUCACAUCUGCCUUUUCAACCGUGGUGCCCCUAUUGCGUGGCUUGCAAGGGAAAACAAGACCCUCAGCGUCCAGUUGAACCUCAUGAUGAAGAUCGAAGAUCGAUCCCUAGCAUCCAGCUGGACUACUGCUUUUCGAAAGCUGAGGAGUCAGACAAGGUUUCGACGGUUUUGGUGGCUAUUGAUUGCCAGAGCAAGAUGGUGACAGUGUUGCCCCUUCCAUCCAAAGGCAACAACUUGAGAGGCCAAGCUGAACAUCUGGUGAGAUUUUCAAUGUCUUUGAACUACAUGGACAAGGUGGAGUUCAUCAGUGAUGCCGAGCCGACAAUGAAGUCCCUUCUGGCGAGUGUGCAAUUGAUGCGGCAGCAUCUUGGAUAUCCCACGGUGGUCACGCACUCAAGGCCAGGGGACAAAGGUAGAACUGCACAGGUGGAGAGGGUGAUUCAGACACUUCGAAAGCAGAGCUCAACCCUCGUCCACAUGGCUUCUGACAAGUGCAAGCUGAAGCUUCCUGGGGAUCAUGCUCUAUGGCCAUGGGCAUUCAUCCACGCUGCAUGGAGUUUGAACAGGUUCUACAACCACACAACGACAAAGAUGAGCCGAUUUGAGUUGGUCCAUGGAAGGAGAUACUCUGGGAAGGUGGCAUCAUUUGGUGAGAUGGUUCUACUGCUACACCGCAGAGGACCCAAUGUCAAGCUUGGACCUCAGUGGGUGCCUGGCAUUUGGCUUACAAAGACUGAUGGAGAUGAUCUGCACGUGGUGGCGAGCCCCAAUGGAAUUUUGCGUGGAAAAGCCAUUCGAAGGCUUAAUGAUCCUUGGAAGGAUACAUGGCUCUUUAUGGUCAAGGACAAACCCUACAAGCAGGUCUCAUCUCGAAAAGCCAACUUGAAGCACUUGAACUUUGGUGCCCCAACAACACCCAGGCCAGUGGUUGAAAAACAUCCCACAGUACCAGGUGAGGAAUUGGAGUAUGAUGUGGAUGCCCGAGAUGUUCGUGAAUAUGCCCGCACUCAUCCACCGAGCCCAGUCAGUGAUUUGGACUUGAAUGAUUUUGGAGUUGGAAAACGUGAAGCAGCACCAGAAGAUUUUCCUCCCAACAAGUCUGCACGGCAUGGUGACCAAGAGGAAAUACCAGGUGCUGAUGCUUUGGUGGAUGACACUGCGAGUGUGGAACCUCAACAGAAGGUACCCAGAACGAGUCCUCAGAGCAGCCCAACUGCCAGUGGUAGCAAUCUCUAUCCUCCCCACUUUGCUGGCACGAUUCAACAGGUUUUGGAUGUUGGUGAGAUAGAUGAUGAAGUUUGGGAGGAUGAUGUGGCAGAAUACAUCGAGCCCAAUGACAUGGUGAUCAACCUUGGGGAAGAUGACAACACUCCAGCCGACGAAGGGAAACCUCCACAGGUGACUUCAGAAGAGCUGGCUUCUUUGGAUGAAGCAGCUGGGUAUGAGGAGAUCACUCGACUACUUGAAAUGGAUGUCCUCCAGGAACCAACCAAUGAAGAUCUGGAGGAUGGAAAUGCCAUCUACAAGUACCAGCUGAGCGAGGUGGUGAAAUGGGCUUCCGAGCAAGUCACUUUCAACAUGCGAACGAUUGAGUAUGUGGAUGACUGGGAUCCAGAACGGCACGAAUUCCGUCAGUUCAGGGUGCUUCGCUCGGUGGAUGAUGCAGAAUCAGGUGAGGAGUACUUCAGAGAAGUCGAUGGUGGAAUGGCACGGUUUGUGAAAUUGGACCGACGCCGCAGAAGGCGACAUGGCUUUGCAGAGAUCGACAUGUUGAACGCCUACGAUCUUUCUGAUGGUGAAGGAGCCGAAGAAGAACCUAUGGAAGUAGAUGAGGAGAUGGUUCCAGCAGUUGCAGCGAAUUCGACCAUGAUGGCUCAUGGACAAGGACCACAGGUGACUGGAACUACAACCUUGAGGAGUUCUUUACCGGGAACAAGCUCCAUGUUUGGCGAUGGAGCGAAUGCAGCGGAUGGAGCGAUUGGUAUCGCUGGUGGUUCUGCGAACAAUGAACUACGUGGUGCGAGGUCAGAUUCGGCGACCCGCGAGUAUCUUUCAUUGCCUGGUUCGCCCCAUUCGGAUGAACCGCCUACACUCCCUCUCCAAGAUGUGAAUUGGGACGACCUGGAUGAGAUCAUGAGGCAUUUGCCUGUGACUGAGCGGAACAGAGCCCUGCAAAUGCAGGAAGUAGCUUUGUUUGAUGUGGUGGUGUUCAAAGAAUACCUGAAGACCCACCUAUCCAGUUUGUAUCCCAAUCAGCCAGACAUGUGCUGGGAUUACCCAGCGUGGUGGACACGGAAUGAACGCCAUGGAUUUUCCGUUUUCAUGGACAUUCUCGUCCGGGGUAUGUACUUGGACAGUUGGGGAACAUUUGUGGAACAGUGGUUUCUCCAACAAGGCCUAGCAGGUUGCAGCAAUGUGGAAAACAUACCCUGGAGCGAGGACUAA